AUGUUCGUGCUCGAUAUUGAUCAAGGUCCUACAGCGAAGGUGUUGAAGUGGGCUGAUUGCGGGAAGGUACUCUGUGAAGCAUCUGAUGUGUCUGUUUUUGAGGGUCUUUACUAUGUGACCGACUAUAAACAGCAUUGUGUUGUUGUGCUGACAAUUGAUGGUGAAUUGGUGCGUCGGUUUGGUGCAUUCCAACAUACACCGUACCCGAUCGGAGUCGACGUAUCGAAGGCUGGCGAUGUGCUUAUUGCUGACUCACACGGCAAUCAUUUUCACAUUUUGGUUUGCUCGAAAACUGGUCAACGAUUGCAGGAUUUCGAAUGUACACAACUUAAG